AUGGAGCUUCGGAGGAAAUUGGACCGUUUCGGAUCAAUAAAACCGGUUCCAAUCUUUAUCUCAACAACUUUUCUUGGAACACAGAUAUACAUAUUUUGUCUCUAUAUUGUAUAUAACAAAUAUAAACGUGCAAGAACAGAGGCAAACCUUUUGUUUCUUGACUCGCCCGCUGGAGUUGGAUUUUCAUACACCAACACUAGCUCCGAUUUCAAUGAGACCGGAGACGAACGUACAGCUCAAGAAAAUCUGAUAUUUCUUAUCAAAUGGAUGUCAAGAUUUCCUCAGUACCAAUAUAGAGAUUUCUACAUUGCUGGCGAAAGCUAUGCCGGACAUUAUGUUCCUCAGCUUGCCAGAAAGAUCCAUGAGUACAACAAAGCUCGCAACAAACCAAUCAUCAAUCUCAAAGGAUUCAUGGUUGGAAACCCUGAUAUGGACAAAACCCAGGACAGACUAGGAACUAUCAUGUAUUGGUGGUCACACGCCAUGAUCUCCGACACUUCCUACAAUUCCAUCCUUAAAAACUGCAAUUUUACGGCCGAGAAAUUCUCCAGAGAGUGCGGUUCCGCCAUUAACGAUGCUGCGGCUGACUUUGGCAACAUCGAUCAGUACAGUAUCUACACGCCAAUGUGUAUACCACCACAACCAACUGACCAGGCUAAGUUUGUGCAGAUGAAGCAAACACAUGCAUUGUUCCUACCUAGACGGAUUUUAGCAGAGUAUGACCCUUGUACCGUGAGCUACGCUGAGAUAUACUAUAACCAUCCUGAUGUACAACGAGCUAUGCACGCGAACCAUACCGCCAUUCCUUAUAAAUGGACCGCUUGCAGUGAAUUUGUAUUUCAGAACUGGAACUGGAGAGAUUCCGACAAUUCAAUGUUGCCGAUAUAUAAGGAGCUCAUUGCUACUGGUUUGAGGAUCUGGGUCUUCAGCGGUGAUACAGACUCGGUUAUGCCAGUGACAGCGACUCGGUUUUCCCUCAGCAAACUCAAUCUUCCGGUUAAAACUCGCUGGUACCCUUGGUACUCCGGGAACCAGGUAGGAGGACGAACAGAAGUAUAUGAGGGGCUUACAUUUGUGACGGUAAGAGGGGCGGGCCACGAGGUGCCAUUGUUCCAACCACAGGGUGCCUUAGUUAUUGUAAGAUCUUUCUUGGCUGGCAAAGAGCUUCCUAGAUCUUAUUAG